ACAAGGGAAAAUAGAGAAAAAAGAAAAAAGAAUCGGGAAAAACUUGGAAGCGGAAAAGGGCAAAAUAGGUAGGUAGCAGUGAAGUACGGUGGUAAACUUUCGUUUUCCGGAACAGAAUUAGUUUCACUUCCUGCAAAAAGGAAAAGAAGGAGAAGAGAAUUUUUACUUAUAAAGGGGCCUGUGAAGUUUCCCUGUAAGGCUUCAGCUCUUAAUUAGUUGUCUGUUUUGUUUGGUUGCUGGGAAAUGUGUGGAAAUAAAUGAGAGCUCGGAAUUCGAUCACUGGGUUCUGAAGUUUCGUUUUCUCGGUUUCUCGGCAGUACUUGGAUUUGACUGUGGGGAUUCAGCGUGCAUUACAGCCUCAUGAGUUCUUCUGCAAACGAUCUUUCUGAUAAUAGUGAAGCUGAUGAGCACCAAAAGCUCUCAGAAUCUCAGAUUCAUGUAACUGGAAUGUCUCUUUCUGGUAUCACUACUCCAAAUGCUCAGUAUCCAACACCUCCGCAGCUUGGAGCAGGACAUGCUGUGGCACCAGCGGCUUAUCCGUAUCCAGAUCCUUAUUAUAGAAGCAUCUUUGCUCCCUAUGAUGCACAGCCGUAUCCUCCACAGGCCUAUGGUGGGCAACCAAUGGUCCAUCUUCAGUUGAUGGGGAUUCAGCAAGCUGGGGUUCCUUUGCCAUCAGAUGCGGUUGAGGAACCUGUGUUUGUGAACGCAAAACAAUAUCACGGCAUCCUGCGACGUCGGCAGUCACGCGCAAAAGCUGAAUCAGAAAAUAAAGCCGCCAAGUCUCGAAAGCCAUAUUUGCAUGAAUCUCGACAUUUGCAUGCACUCAGAAGAGCUAGGGGAUGUGGGGGUCGGUUUGUCAAUUCGAAGAAAAAUGAGAGCCAUCAGAAUGAGAUGGCAGCAGGUGACAAAUCGCAGUCCAAAAUCAAUCUGAACUCUGAUAAAGGUGAGAUUGCUUCCUCGGAUGGCACAUCCUGAAUUUGGCAGCAAUGACAAAGCGUACAAAGGGCUGACACAAACCGGUUAUUCAUCAACGAUGUCCAUUAUACCAAGGUUCCGUACCAGCUGCAAGGGUCUCAGUAUUGCUUCAGUCUGGAUCUAAACUUAGAAUUCAGAAUCAUGUAUAGGUUAUCCGUAGUGAAUUUGUAGGGAGGCCCUAGAUAUAGUAUUAUCGAAGCAGUGACUCUUUUUUAUCUUCUCCUCGGUGGAUUUCUUCUUAGGCAUUUAGCUCCUCUCUUUUUUCUUUUUUCUUUUUUCUUUUUUAUCGUCCCUUCGAGAGUGAUGGUUAUGUAUACUGUGUGAGCAUUUCUUUGCGCACUUGGAACACGUGGCGAGUUCAGGACUUUCUAACACAAAAAUUUGAUUCCUGUUGAUUGUUUGGUUUGGUUAUGUUUCUCACCGGUACUUUGAUUCCAUUGUUGUCAGGUGGGAGAAUAAGUUAGAAUGAUAUUUUAUGUCAUAUAUUCACUACUGUGUAAUGUAUUUGUACAAAGAGUUGCGUGGCAUUCAUAGGAGCUUGUGGUUGCCCUGAGUUCAAUAAUUAGCCUUUUCUUA